AUGGCGGAUGGUUUGAGCGUGAACGAAAAUCAGGUAAUGAAACGUUUUUGACACAUUUUCUUUAUCCUGAUGUGAUAUUUGGAUUAAAUUUACACGAGAAACGUUUAGUAUUGUCUCAAUACAUGGUGUGUGUUCAUUGGAUGCGUAUCCAAAUCGCAACCUUGGGUCAGAGUGGAAAUUUUGAUACAAGAACUGAGGAAGAAAACACGAGACAAAGGUCAAAGGAAUACUCUAGAUAUUAAUUUUUUUUUCGAUUUUCCCCUUCUUGGGUAAUCUUUGUGGAGUACGGAUAUUAACAAACAAAUAGAACUAUUUUCUAUUUUUCUUUGAAUUCUUUACAAAACUUUAGAAUCACCUUGAUGAUGAUGAUGAUGAUGAUGAUUUGCCUCAAUUAUCUGCGCAUGCCCUGGCAGCUCUGCAAGAAUUUUACAAAGAAGAGAAACGAAAACAAGAAAAGGAGGCAUCAGAAGGAAACACAGACAUAGAUGAGAACUGGGUAUGAUUGAACUGUAAUAUGGUUCACAUAACAGUCAUUCAUUAAAAAAAGAGAUUAUUGGACAAAUGACAUCAUGCAACUUAACAGACAGCAGUGACUGAAAAUGGCUGGAAGCUUUCAGACACUUUAACGAUUAAGACAAAUAGCAAAAUACUGAAUGGCAGCUAGCCUCCACUCCAUUGCUAAAAAUUUUGAAUGCCUUGUAAAAGAAGUAUAUAUGGCUAAGGUAAUAAUUCCUGCAUUUGCAUGUAUUUCAGGUUAUUCCUUUUAAUUUAUAUUUCUUUUGAAUUUCCCAACCAAUUUUUUAUUCAACAGAGUGAUUUAAUGAUCACUUACAGUCCCUAAUCUCUUUGUGGGUAAAUAAACUAUGUCCAUGUCUAGAUAGCUCUGAGAGGCUCUCCAUUCUGUUUAAUUUGUUUCUUUAUGGAUCAUGUUUUCUUUUCUUCUCACUAAAGCAACUUAGCCAGUUUUGGUACAACGAUGAAACGGCAUUAACGCUAGCAGAGGAAGCCCUAAGAGCUGCUUCUAAUGGCAGGUAAAAAUCUUAACAAUUAUUACCUCAUAGCCAGGGCUGAGGGCUGGGGAUUUUCCUCAGCUUCUCUGGACAGGACCUCCAGCUACUUCUAUUCAUGAAAAAGGAAAAUGGAACCAAAAAAGUUCCUGGCUGCUCAAUUUGGUGCCUACUAAUUAUUGUCUCUACUUGGUACCUUCAAAUCUUAGUGACAGCCUACAUAUAGCCCCUUUAGCAAACUAUAUAUAUAUAUGUUGUAGUUAAUUUUUUAUUUCAGUUAAUUUUUAUUUUUCCAUUGUUUUGGGGUAUGGUAAUGUAUGCUAAUGAAUUUAAAACAAAGGAAAAACAAAAAUUAACUGAAAUUAAAAAUUAACUGCAACAUAUAUGUUACAGGUCAAAAUUAUAUUCAGGCUAAAAUUUUUUAACCCAGGUUGAUUCUCAGCUUCUUUGUCUCUGAGCCCUACUUCAUGAAUAAUCAGAUCUUGGAAACAAAGGAAUUUGAGAAUCAACCCAGGUUAAAAAAUUUUAACCUGAAUUAAUUUUGAGCUGUAACAUAUAUGAUAAUUGACUAAAAUCAUAUAAAUUCUUGCUGCGGUGAAGUAAGUAGUCUUGUAGCUUCCUGUUCUUUACAGUUGGGCCAUUGAAUGCCUCAAGAAAACCUGCACACAAGUUCUGCAUGGAAGAAUAUAACUUUAUAAUUUUCUAAUAAGCUGCAGCGACCUUUGUCAGUUUGAUUUAUUUUAAAAUACUUUUAUUAAUUAAGUUAUACUACUACAUGAGAAAUUUCUGCAAUUUGAUUGGCUUAGAGCAGUGGUAUUUCAGCUUAAUUUGAAAUACCUACAUGUGCAAUUACAAACCUUUUGUGGGUAGUAGUAUAAACAAACAAGACGCUACGGAGCGUACACUUCGGCGUUGUGGUUGUGGAACUAAUUAAUUUUAAAUGCGGAGGAAUCGUAAGAAAUCAAAUAUGGUAAGAGUAAGGUGUUAAUUUGUGAAAUUAUGGGAUUUAUCAGGAUAUGCUGAAAAGAGCAACAUCCAAGAGGCCUACUUGCCAAAAACUUGCAUUUCGGGACAAAUUGUCUCCGAGAUAUUAGCCCAGUUAUGCUCUGAUGACUCCAUACAAAUCCUUCUAAAAAAACAAUUCUCUAUUUUUCUUAGUCACAUUAGGCCUCAGCAAAAACAGCAUAGCAGUCUCAUGUACUGAUUAAAGAUAUGUAAGGCAUGGGUAAGGAGUCAAUUACGUUGAGCAUGGAAUUGGCUAAAACUCAAAGUCACGAGUUCGAAUGUUUUGAGGAUAACUAUUCACUGACUAUCAGCAUGCAGGGAUGUUGGAUUAACACAAGGAAGUUUAACACCAAAGGAACAUAGCCUUUACAGAGCUUUAAAACACAGCAUCCACCAACACAAACUUGACUUGAACUUUGAGUAAAACUAAACAGCCUCUACCAAUAAUAACAAACUCUCACUUGAACUUUAGAUAUCUUACGGCUUCC